GUCGACAUGGAGAAGAUAAACAGAAAAGUAGCACAGUCUCUGCUGACGUUGUGUUCAUCUGGAUUGGACGUGUGAAUGUUUGUUCAGCGCCGCGCUGCGUGCCACCUUUCUUAUAUCAGUUAACGCUUAAUUGAAGCUACAUUGCUAAGGGGAAAGCUAAUGGUCGUGACAACAUGGACAGUGGCCUGAGUCCCCAGGAUAAAAAAGACUUGGACAAGUUCAUUAAGUUCUUUGCUUUAAAGACGGUCCAAGUGAUUGUCCAAGCUCGUCUUGGAGAGAAGAUCUGCACUCGCUCGUCCUCGUCGCCUACUGGCUCUGACUGGUUUAAUUUGGCCAUCAAAGACAUCCCAGAGGUGACCCAUGAAGCCAAGAAGGCACUGGCUGGCCAACUUCCAGGCAUCGGACGCUCCAUGUGUGUGGAGAUCUCCCUUAAGACGUCAGAGGGUGACUCGAUGGAGUUAGAGACCUGGUGCCUGGAGAUGAAUGAAAAGUGUGAUAAGGACAUCAAGGUGUCAUAUACAGUCUACAACCGUCUGUCUGUCCUCCUGAAGUCUCUGCUGGCCAUCACCAGAGUAACACCUGCCUAUAAACUAUCUAGAAAGCAGGGACAUGACUAUGUCAUAUUGUACAGGAUUUACUUCGGAGAAGUUCAGCUGAGUGGAUUAGGAGAAGGUUUUCAGACAGUGCGUGUCGGCGUUGUUGGCACCCCUGUCGGCACAGUCACACUUUCAUGUGCUUACCGCACCAACCUGGCAUUCAUGUCCAACAGACAGUUUGAGAGGUCAGCUCCAAUCAUGGGGAUCAUCGUGGAUCACUUUGUGGAUCCCCCCUGCAGCAGCCAGCGCCCUGCAAACAUGGGACAUCCCUGCAACUACAGAGCUCCAGAUGAGGAGGACGGAUAUGCAGGAGUUCAGGAUUCCCAGGAGGUCUGCACCACCUCAUUCUCCACCUCCCCUCCCUCACAGUGUGUGUGUACACUGAGUCCUUCGCCCUCUAAACUGUCUAAGCCCCUCCCGCUGGACAGUCUGCCGCUUCCAUUGGCUCCCGGACUUGUCACUCACACUCUGUAUGCUUCCAGGUUAUCAUAUCAGCCUCCAGCUCUAGCAGGAGCUGCUGAGCUUUGUCAUCCUGCUGCCAAUCCAAACCAGGCGUUGCAUGCUGGGAAGGAACACGGAGGGGUUGUGUUGGUUCCCACUCAGCCUUCUCAUGCAGCCGACGCUCAUCUGACAGUCGAGCAAGCCGCCAACACACCUGGCAGCAGUGGUGACGAUGACGGCCUGUCGCACAGUGGAGAAAGACGGAGGGAGGAAGUGAGGAGGAGCGUUUCUCCCUCUGACCCUGUGGAGUCUCUCAAUGCGUUCACAAGGAAAAUCGGAGCCUUUGUGAAUAAACCCAACACGCAGAUAACAGCAGCCAGUCUGGACCUGCCAUUUGCUGAAUUUGCUCCUCGAGGUCUAGACUCAGAGGAGAAUGAUCCCAUGGUGCAGCCUCCAGACUCUCCUCCUUGCCCGUCACCUCUGCAGGCCAGCCUCCAUUCUCAGGGCUCAGAGGGAUCGGGGCAGCAGGACGACUUUGUCAUGGUCGACUUUCGUCCAGCCUUCUCUAAAGACGACUUGUUGCCGAUGGAUCUGGGCACUUUCUACAGAGAGUUUCAAAACCCUCCUCAACUGGCCAGCCUCUCACUACACAUCAGCUCCCAGUCGAUGGCCGACGACCUGGACUCGCUGCCGGAGAAACUGGCCGUGUAUGAGAAAAACAUCGAUGAGUUUGAUGCUUUUGUGGACAUGCUCCAAUAGGGGAGGAGCGAAGAAAGGAGUACUACAUGUGAGAAAAGACUUAAUGGAUGGUGGCAAAUGACACUGAAAAAAAAAAGGAAUGAAAGGAAGACGCAGACUGAAGGCUCUGUAAUCGUUUGUCCUGUGAGAAUCAGACUAAAUCACCAUAUUUCAAUGUGAAGCUCCUCAUCUCUGACAUCACCCUCCCUUACCUCCCUGUCAGGCACGUUCACCUCGCUUACCAGCUUGUACAGAUCACUGUAAAUACUGUAUUAUCUCUGACACUGACAUACACCCCUCUCUGGUCUGGUAGUGUUAAUUUAACUAUUAUUUUCUAUGUGGCGCAAAUCUGCUCUAGUCGUCAGUGUUUAAUCAGGAUUUCAAUCAAUUCUGUCACUUUAGACAGCCAUGCAAUUCAAGGACAUACUACCUGCACUUUUUGUAAACCGUAGCUCACUAUAAAUGAUCCACCCUCCCUCCCUGCUGAACACUGCUGAAAGUUUCCUCGACGUGAUAGCCUGUCUGAUCAUAUCGGAGGUGAAAGAUCAGUGAAAGUUCUUCAAAUCUUGAAAAGCUAGUCAAAUAAACUGCACUUAGCCUCACAGCGGAUGCUAGUCCUUUGCAAACAAGACGUGUUGUGUUCAAGAAAUGUCCUGCUUUACGUUCUCAACAUCGACAAGUAGCAGUUGAGUGUUGCUCAGAGGCAUCUUGGAAGUGGAAAGCCUGUCAUUCAUUUAACCUAGCCAGGUGUUCCCAGCUGGUCUGGGUAUAUAAACUGCCAACUUCAAUGUUUGCAAACGGGCCGUGAUUUAAAUUCUCUCCUUGUAUGUACAGAAAGCACAUUUCUCCAUGCUGAAUCAACUUGUGGAACUACACUCUGAUGCCAGUUUAUAGUAUUAGACUGCAUUAGUUAUAGCUACCUAACAGACCGGCACCUGAGCGUAUUUACUAUAGGCUGAACAACAUGCAUAUGUAUAUUUUGGGGGUUUUGUAAAGGUCGGAUAAACAUUUCCAGCUGUCCACAGAAGGGCCCGGGUCACCAUCCAUGACUGUUCGAGUUUGGUUGAAAGCUUUAAUUUAAACUUUUCUUUGCUGUUGGUCUAGAUGUCCUAAUAAAGCAUGGCUGCUCUGUUGAAACAA